AUGAAGAUGCUCAUGAGUUUGCUGCAGCUUAUCCUUCAGUUGGUGACGCAGCUUGCUAGCGGAGGUGGUGCGGAUGUUAAGGCUACCGUUGCGGCGGCCAACCAGACCUUGCAAGGCAUUGCGGGAGGCAGCAGGGAAACUGCACAGCCACCGGCACGCACGGUCAGCAUUGAGGACGAAUGGCAGCUGCCUAAGAGGCGUCGCGGCCGAGGCAGACAGCAGGUCAUUGAUAGUCAGGGCGCUGUGGGGCAUCCUCCCCCACAGGAGGCUAGACCUGUGGUGCUGCAAUCCCCUGGCAAGGGCCAGGGCAAGGCUUCUCUGGAGCCAAAGGGCAAGGGCAAAGGCAAGGGAGUUGCUCCCGUUGCUCGUGCUGUGCCCCCAGUGCAGGGUAAGGGUGGGUUGCGAGCCGAUGAUUGGAUUGGCAAGCUAGUCUCCUUUGAGGACCUCAGUGACUACAGUGCUGAAGGAGAGAGCGUGGUGGUGGAGGCUUGUGAUGCAACUCAGGCCUCGGUUGCGCAGGCAAUGAUUCGUGGUGCUGGGCUUAAGUCUUCAUUCCUGAUUGUUUAUCCGGACCCUGAGGGCAAGCAGAAGGCCCCUUUCUGGCAAGGAGGUGUUGUUACCAUGCGGCCUGUUAUCGGCCUCCAGGUGCCACAUGGAGCGGUUGCCCUACCGACCUUGAAGGGCAAGAAGGCCGAGAAGACCAUCAAGAUGGAGGCCUCCGUUGUUGUGAGAGUCAUUGUUGCGCGGGACUUUUGCCCGCGCUCGGAGUGGACUGCGGCCAAGAAGGGCUUCAGAGCUUUUGUCACGAGCAAGUUGGGGAUCAUGGACGCCUGGGGUGCUGCAGAGGAACAGCGCCUUGGAGAGACGAUUGUGGGUCUGGUGCGCGCGCGCUCGGCGAGCCUUAGUGCACUGCUGGCCAGAUCUGGUCAGGAUGGGAUUUUCGUUGAGCCAAUUGGCAAGGACCCCACGGGGCCCAACUAUGGCGUCAAGUGGAUCGAAAAAGAGGAGGCCGAGGAGCCCGGUGAUUACUUCAAGAGGGCCGUCGCCUCCAAGCCGUCGCAUGGCCUUGUCAUUGGGCGCCGGCAGCUGGGUACCCGUGAAGUUGUUGCGAGGGAGAAUCAGGCCAGAGCAUGGCGGCUCAUGGGCGCGCCUAAGCAUUGGGGCACUGACUCCAUCACUGAGGUGCUUGAGGAGGCUGGCUACAAGGAGCUUUCGCUGAACUCGCGCAUGUUGCGCCGAGGGCAGUGCACUUGGUUCUUUCGCGCCACUGCUAAGGAAGACUUCUGCUUCAUUCCCAUCAAGGAAGGCCAGGAUGAGAUAGAGUUGCAUGUACUUCCUGCUACGAGCGCGCGGCAGCAGCCUGGGCGCAAGCCUUUGCGCCAGGAGCGCACCCAGCAGUUUGUGAAGGAGCGCUUUAGCACCACUUCGGGUGCCACUCGCGGUGCACUCGAGGAAGGUGCUGAUGGCAAGGCCCAGCCCGAGGGCAAAAGGCGGGCACAGGAGGUGAGAGAGGUGCCUCAGGGCACCCAGCUCAAAGAGCAACCAAAAGAUGGGAACUGCCUUGCGCAUUGCAUUGGGGCAGGUUUGAGCUGGGCAAAGAAUGAUGGCAAGCGCCGACCGGCGCGACUCGUGCGCGCUGAGCUGCACAACUACAUGCGGGAAAAGAAGGAUUCUUUUGCGGCGUGGUGGGAUGGGCGGGACUGUAGCGAUAAGCCUGCGACUUACACCGGGUUCGAUGCCUAUUUGGAGGAGAUGAAGGGUGAUGGCCAGUUUCUGGGUUGCCUUGAAAUCGAAGCGGCCUGCUUGGCCUUCGAUCUCACGAUCACUGUCAUUCCGGUGGCGGCGGACCAGUUGCCAACCAAACAUGGGAGCGGCAAGCAUGCCUUUUGCCUUUGGUACUCAGGUUCCCACUACGAUCUGUUGCUUCCGACUGCUGGGUCUUACCCUUCGGCUGUGAACUCCGUGCAGUGCUUUGGUUGCAAAAGUGGAGGACGUGGGGGAGGCCCAGGUGACGCCGAUGAUGAUGUUGGUGAUGAUGAUGAGCUGGAUGCCCUCACCAUCUACACGGUGCCUUCUUUGGGCGCGGGAACCGGGGGAGGGGUGGCUCUGUCUGAGGGGCCGAUGCCUCGCCCGACUUCGGUUUUGGAGAUGUUGCGCCGGCCACCUGCUGCUUCUUGCCAGGCCAGCGGUAGCAGCGACCAGGCUGCCGACAGCUCUCUUGUGGGUGGUGUUUCGUUCUGCGCCGCAAGUCGGGACGAUGAGAUUGCGAGCCAGGAGUUGGACCAUGUUGAGCCGCCGCCUCCUGUGCCGGCGCGGAGGAGGGCCAAGCGCACUUCGUGGAAAUGCAAGUUUUGCGACUUUGAGACUAAGGUGGGAUUGGCUUCUGCUGCUAUUGAUCAUGCUCGUCUUAAGCAUUUGCACAAAUGGCACAUGGACAGGAAGGCCCAUUGGACUAGCUUUUGCAGAUGGCGCUUCAAGGCCACCCCCGAUGCUAGGGACAAUUGUGCGGGGCAGCAGGAGGUGUUGUGGCAAUGCAAACACUGCACGGCGGGUGUUGUUGGCAUUAAGCUCAAGGAUCGGAAGCAGGCUGGGGCGGUCUAUCUGGCGGCUGUCAAGCACUGUCGCGACUGCCACCCUCAGGAGAUCAAGGCCUGGCGUAGGGAUCGUAGGCAUGCCAACUUCAAGAAGGCCACGGCGGUGCGCAGGGCGGCUGGUGUUGCUGGCCACCUUAUGCGCCGAAAGGCCCUCAAGUACGGAGAGCACGACGUGAUUAUGUUUCGCAUACCGUGGCUUCGGGCUUCCUCUGGUGGCAAGCAGCGAAAGUCCAUUGCCUCGUACGUCUGCCGGCGGUGCGCAGCGCAGGCUACCACCCCUGCCAAUAUGAUGCAGCAUCACUGUGAUCCUGGCCGCAUGCCGGUAGGGAGAGGACGCACUCAGUUCGUGAGCCGGCUCACCCAGGCUCUUGAGCAGGACCAUUCCGAGGAGCUUAAGCAGGGCAUUCGUGGUGUGCUUCAGGUGUUUGAUGAGGUGGCUGUGCGGCUCAAGGAAGCCCGCAUCGCUACUGCUAAGGCUGAGGGCGUGACUGAGCAUCAUAUCCAGGCAAUCGCGUGGCCGAAGCUGACUGCUGAUUCCACUUCCUUUGCGGUGCGCUUUGUGUGCCAGCGGUGCCACUACCACGCCUCGCUUAGGCGUCACUUUAAGGGCAUUGCGUGCAGUGCCGUUGGCAAGCGCCGGCAAACGGCUGAAAAGGAGAGGCUCAUGGAGAUUGUGAACAUGGAGGAUCCUGCAGGGUCGGCUGCGCGAUUGGCUCUGCGCUACCUCGGCCACGAGGUGGGCACUCUUAAUGUUUCUACGCUGCCGGGGCGUGCUGCUGAUGUCUUUGACCUUGGCCAUGCCCAUCAGCUUGACAUUCUGUUGAUUCAGGAGUCGCGCCUCCCGCGUGACAGCUUUGGGUCGAUGUCGGCCAUGGCUAAGCGUCGCGGCUGGCAUCUUUGCAUUCAUGACCAAGCGCCGGUUAAAGGUGGUGGCUUUAAGUGGGGUGUGGUUACUUUGUCAAGGUGGCCUGUGGAGGCGGUGCAGCCUCCUAGUUGCAUUCCUCAGGGUCGGGGCGGAGUUCUUCGAGUGUGGCGUCCUGGCCAGAGGCCGCUGCUCCUGGUGAACAUUUACCUCCCGGCUUCUUCCAGGACCGAGGCGGGCGACAUUCUCACCGAGGUGUUUCAGUACGUGGCGGGCACUGGUGAAGAUGCUAUCAUUGCUGGUGAUUUCAACCUGACUGAAGACAUGUGGCCAAUUUCUUCUGCGUUGAUCUCUGGGCGAUGGCGUUCCGCUAAUGAGAUGCUUUUGGGGGAUUGCACAAAGCCUCCCACGCAUAGGCAGGCUGAUGGCUCUUACAGUCGUUGCAUUGACUUCGCUUUGGGCACCCCUCAUGUUGUCUUCGCUCAUCGGCAGCAGCAUCGGGGCCUGGCGGAUCAUGACCUUGUUGCUUAUGAUGUUCUUCUUGAUCAUGGACGAGAGACAGUGGUGCGUUUUCCUCUUCGUCCUCAGCUUCGUCUGGAACCUGUGGCCCAGGACCACUGGAGUGAGGUGUGGGGUGAGUCUCGCAGGACAUUUGUUCAGUUGUGCGAUGCUGGUGAUGUGGAGGAGGCUUGGCAACUUCUUAGUCGUGCGGCUGAGUGCGCCAUGGGCGCUCGGGGCGGCCAUGCGCCUCGCAGUGAGCCGGCAGUCCCCACUGCGGUGGCCCCGACUUCGUGCAAGGCUCCUUCUUGCCAGGGCUUGCGUGAGAGGCAGCUGCGGCGGUUGGCGCGUCGUGCUCGUGAGCUUCUCCUCGAGCAUGGUAACAUUGGUGAGUGCUGCAACUUGUACAACAAGAUUGUUCGUUCGGCUCGGUCGCUCAAUAUCGGGUUUGAUGGUGUAGAAGACAUCAUGCAUGAAGCGAUGCGCCAGGCUUCAUGCGAGGCGGAGCGCAACUCGCGUGACAGGAUUCAGCAGUGGAGUCAGCAGAUGCAGUGGGACGUGGGCAAAGCUGCCAAGUGGGUCACGCGUGCUUCGCCGGCCGUCCCUGUGCCGGCGCAAGGGAUGGCUGCGGACACCGCCACCUUCAUCGCUGACUACCUGGAUGCGGGUGUUGUGCUGGACUUGGAUACCAUCCUGGUGACGGCCACCGAGCUGCAGCAGGUUGCCCAACGUAGCUUGCGCAAGGCUACUGGCAUGGAUGGCUGGUCGGCGCGUGAGCUCUUGUGCUUGCCGCUGGACUUUUGGGAGGAGGUGGUUGCGCUGUGGAGGGUCAUGCUGCUUCGUCAUCGUGUUCCCAAGGUUUGGAAGGACGUUCGCAUAGCGCUACUGCCCAAGGCGGAAGGUGGCUACAGACCCCUGUCCAUCGGGGCCGUUCUUUGGCGUGCUCUGGCCUCGGCAGCUUCUCGUCGACUCAGGCCGUGGGUUUUAGGUUGGGCUAAGACUGAACUUCAGGGUGGGCUUCCUGGCCGCGGCAUUCACGGUGUUCACGACCCGCUUCUGGCCGACUUCGAGUUGGCAGCGCAAGGGCAAGGUGAGCUGGCAGGUGCCAAGGUGGACCUCAAGCGGUUCUUUGACAACGUUCGCCCGAGGCAAGCCUUAACCGUUUGUGCGCAUUUGGGCAUGCCGCCCGAUUUGGUGGAGCUCAUUGCUGAUUACUACGAUGGCCAGCGACGCUUUCUCGCUGUGGCGGGCCAAGCAGAUCCGAAACCCAUUGUCGUCAGCAAGGGCCUGCAGCAGGGUUGUCCGUUUUCGGUUCUGCUCGUCAAUGCUGUGAGUGCAGUGUGGAUUGCCUCGGUCCAACGUGUGGCCCCCAGCAUUUCACUGCGCAUCUACUUGGAUGAUAGGACCAUUUGGACGCUGACACCGGGCGAGGCUGGUGUGAGCUCUUUGGUGGCUGCGGUGGAGGCUGGCAAGCCCGUCGACGAUCACUUUGGCAUGGUCGUCCAUCCUGCUAAGAUUGCUUCGUUUGGCACCAACGCUCGUGUGAGGCGCAGGCUGGAGGCUCACAGAGAGCUCUUGGGGCCGGCGUGCGCUUCUUUCAAGCUUCUUGGCAUUCACUACAGUGUUUCUGCUAAGAAGCCUGCGCCUGAGAUUGACGCCCUCACUGAAGUCAUUCAGCUCCGCUGUGAAAGGGUUGCGAAGCUGGCAAAGGCGCCGGCCUUGAGGCGCGCUCUGCUUCGUACUACUGUGCUGUCGCUUUUUCAGUGGGCGGGUCCAUGGCAGCACUAUGCCAAGGGCCACCUGGCUAAGUGGACCGCGGCCAUUGAAGGGGCUGUGUGGGGAGGGUCGCGCCCCAGGGGGCGCUCUCGCCUGUUAGGCUGCGCUGCUCUUGGCAGGCCCGAGACGUCGGUGGACUUCGUCCUGGCGCUCUCAAUCUUGAGACAUGAGUGGAGUCGGGCGCAGGCAGCUGCUCUUCGGGGCUACAGUGACUACGAGCCUGGCAAGCAACUUCGCGCUCUUUGUUGCCGCUGGGGUUGGACCUACGAGAACGGCGUCCUCGACACUUUGGUUGGUACCUUCGUUCCUGGCUACAACACGCUGGGUGCAGUGCGGCGUGCGGCCGUGCAGGCUUGGCACCAAGAGUUGUGGGAUGACGAGGCGCGAACGGAUGGCGCGCUGCCUCUUGGCCGGCGCGCGCUUGUUCUCGGCGCACUGCAGGAGAUCGCAAGCUCAGGCCAGCGGGAUGCUAUGCGCGUCGCCACGGCCUGCGCCAUCGACGGUGUUCAGCUGGCGCACUUCAAGGUGCCUGUUCCCUACACGUGUGAGUGUGGCUUGCAGCGCCCUUCGAGGGCCCACCUGACCUUCGACUGCAGUGCUUCUGCUGACACGGAGGACCUCACAGCUCUUGAAGUCUACGAGCGCAAGCUGCUCUUGAAAGUUGUGCCCCUGCCCGAUAAGGUACCGCGCCCUGGUCCUGUCGAGGGUGAGGAGCGGAUGCUGGCGCUUUGCAGAGGCGCGGCGGAGGCGGGCAAGAUCGUCCUCUUCGCCACGGAUGGUGGCUGUCUUGUGCAGCGUGGUCUGGAGCUCUGGCAGCGUGCAGCGUGGUGCGUAGUGGUUCAAAUCGACGACACCACGCACUCCUUGUCGGGCUUGGUUGGCGAUGGCGAGCAGACCCCGGCUGCUGGAGAGCGCAUCGCCAUUCUACAGGCACUGCGGCUUGUGCGUAGGUCUGGUUGUCGUGCUCAGCUUCUGACGGACAACUUCGCGGCGGUCCUGCGCUUAAGGAAUGGGUGGAGGCGGGGCUCCUGGCAGGGCCCACUGGAGCGCUUUUGGAGGGAGGCUGGGGAUGGUCUUGCUGCGCGCGCCGAGAUUGAGUGGAUCCCUAGCCAUAACAAGCGUCUGGAGUGGAAAGCCCCUUGGGGCUAUUCGGUGGCUCAGCUCCGGCGACUGAAUGCUCUGGCUGAUGAGGGCUGCACUCGCUGCCUUCUGCCGUUACGUCAGCAAUGGACAGCUUCUCUUGCGGAAUGUGCAAAGGCUCGGGCCUGGUCUGCCAAGGCGGCCGGGAGACAGUUGAAGGCUACUGCGGCUUGCGCUGCAGCUGCGCGUGAGGCCCUCGGCGAGUUUGUUUUACCGCGUGCUUGA